AUGAAUAAAUCUCUUGCAGAUCUGGCGCAGAUCCGAGCGCUGGUGGAGUCCACGGGGAUGCUGGGUGGUUCAACCUGUCCGUCCUGCGAGAUGCCGUUCGACAAGGGGAAGAAACGUCGAUUGAUCGACUCUUGCGGCCACGAACGUUGCUAUUCCUGCUUGUUCCGCAGCGAGGCUUGCCCGCUUUGCCUUCGAGCCGACUUCAACGACGACGACGGCCUGGAGGGACCCUUCAGGGAGGGGUUCACCGGCUCCUCAGGGCCUAUGUCCAUCCUCGCGCCCACGGAUGGCUGGAUCGAUGAGUCAUCGACGGUGAACUCUCUCUGCGGCAGCCCCAGACCGCGUACGAAAGUCACCACGAGAGCCAAUCUUCCUUCCAGAGUCAUGCACCAAAGAGACACGGACGAAAGUGCCUCUUUCAUGGCGAUGGCCAAGGGUUUGAAGAAUAAGCCACCGGCGCUUCCGGAGUCCUCGUCGUCGCAGGGUCGACAGAAGCUUCAGAUGAUGACACAGAGUUGUCCAACGCCACCGAAUCAAAGGAAGAGGUUCUUCCUGAACCCGAAAGUCCUCAGGAGCUCGUUCGUUCCCCAAAGAUCGUCGAGACGAGGAGCAUCCUCUCCAGAACCAAUCGCGAACGACAAUCCCUCCGCCCUGUCAGACGACGAAGGAGGUUGCGUGAAGCCUUUGUCCUCGAAGACGAGGAAGUCGUCUCAGUCCGACCUUCACAUGAGGCUGGGCCUUCUUCUGGGAUCAAAUCACAGCCGAGCGAGCAGCAGUGUAGACACGACGGAUCUACCUGGCACUUCGAAUCGUUCCAGUGCAGGUGCAUGCCAAUCUAGAGUGCCAAUCCAAGGUCACGAUAGUUCAGCAGCCUCGUUCAGCAGUCUGACCAGCUUCGAGACUCAGACUCUGGCCUCGACGAACACGAGCCCAGUGUCCACGUUGACUGGCACAUCCAGCGAAGCUGAAGCUGCCGCAGCCUCCAGGUGCCCGAUCAAACCUAAAUCGAAGGUCAAAGGGAAAAGCAAGUCCAGAGACUGCGACAGUGCUGGUAGCUUGGCUUCCAUCUCCACAUCGGUUUCUGCGUCUACGUCUAUGUCGAUGUCGAUGUCCGUCUCCGUUUCGGGCUUGUCGAAUGGCAGCUCGAGCCCUCUUACUCCUAGAAGACAUUCCGUGAACGCCUCGCAGCCUGGCCAGAGCGACGAGUUCGGCCAGUUUAAGAAUAGACGGUCCUGCGCCAGGAGAUCGGCCAGAGCUGGGAACGUCAAAGGAGCCGUCGAUACGAAACUACGCUUUAUACAACACCACGCAACGCAGUUGACCCUGAAGCCCUUAUUCUUCGAAGUACCUUUACUAGAAGCCGAUCCACUGUUCACCGGUCGCCAGUGGCUGCUGCAGGAAUUAGAUUCGGUGGUGAACGGCUCCAGUCCCGGAGUUUUGAUCUCUGGAUCUCCUGGAACAGGAAAAACUGCAUUGGUUCUGCAGCUGGUAGAACAUAGUUGUUUCGGAAGAAGACGGGAACAGCCUUUCCCCUCGGAGAUUAGCGAAGAAACUGACGAAAAAGAGAAGACUGGAUGCACCUCGGCUUUGCAUGCUAGCAUUCGUUAUACUAAUGAGAAGAUUCGAGAAUUAGCGUCCCACGUAGUAGCGUAUCACUUUUGUCAAGCGGAUAAUAAUAGUACCUGUUUGGUACCAGAUCUGAUUCACUCCUUAGCUGCACAAUUAUGUCAAGCCCCUCAGCUCAUAACCUAUAGAGAAUAUUUGCUCUCUGAGCCUCAUAUACAAGGGUCCUUGUCGCAAAGAGAGUGCACUGUCGAUCCAGAUCUCGCUCUGUCAAGGGGUAUUAUCGAACCUCUGUCAACGUUAAAGAAAACUAAUAGACUGCCUGACACCAACAUGGUGAUAUUAAUUGACGCCGUCUGCGAAGCCGAAUACCACAGACCAGAUCGAGGCGACACUAUAGCGUCUUUCCUAACGAGGCACGCUCCUAAUUUCCCUAGCUGGUUAAAAAUCGUUUGCACAGUAAGGACGCACUUAUUGGAAUGUACGAAACAGCUACCUUACACUAGAGUGUCUCUGGACAGAGCUCCGAACGAUAACACCGGCAGUAACGUAACCAAGGAUCUGUCGGACUACAUUGGAUAUCGAUUAGCUCAGAGUCCGGCGAUUCAAACGAACGUCACAGCUUCCGUAAACGGAAAGGCGGAAUCAUCGUGCAGCGCGAAUCAAAUGAGAUUUGCCUCGCACUUGCUCGCGUUAGCUAGAGGCAGCUUCCUCUUCGCGAAAUUGACGCUUGAUCUUAUCGAGAGCGGUCACUUGGUGGCUAAAUCUGCCAGCUACAAGGUACUGCCAGUCUCUUUAGCGCAGAUAUUCCAACUGCACUUCAACCUUAGGUUCCCAACAACGACGUCCUUCGACAAGGUUCAACCCCUGUUAGGCGUUUGCUUAGCUGCUCUAUACCCUCUCACCUUGCCAGAGAUCUUCUACUCGGUGAACUCUCUGAACACGAACCACUUCGUUUCAUGGGAGGAUUUUCUGCAGAGAUUCAAAAUGCUCUCUGGAUUCCUCGUGAAACGUCUGGACAACACCUACAUGUUCUUCCAUCCGUCGUUCAGGGAGUGGUUGAUCAGGAGGGAUGAGGGCGAAUCGACGAAAUUCCUGUGCGACCUGAGACUCGGUCACGCAGCUAUCGCGUACAGGCUAUCUCGUCUCCAGGCACCGUUAGACGGUGAUAAAGCCCUCGAACUGGGCCAUCACAUACUCAAGGCGCACGUUUACAGAAGCGUUGCACCGUGUUGGCCUUCGCGCGAUCUACAGGCCAUCUGGUUAGCAUCGUCCACGGAAUGUGUUUCUUCAGCGUUGUGCACGCUGAGGAAUAUCUACAGCCCGAAUGUUAAGGUGUCGAGGUUGCUUUUGCUGGCAGGAGCAUCUCCGAAUCAUGUCACCGAGUACCUAGGCAACGCACCAGCUCUUUGCAUGUACGCUCACGAGGGUUCGGUGGAAAUGGUCUCGUUGUUGUUGGAGUUCGGCGCUGAUGUUGAACUGACGAAUAGUCAGGGGUGCACGGCGCUCUCGUUGGCGGCCGCUCGUGGCCAUUGCGAUGUCGUCAGAAGGUUAGCGGCUGCCGGAGCUUCGCUGGGCCACACGGACAUGGCUGGACAGUGUCCUUUAGUUCACGCGGCGAGAUAUGGAAGAUUAUCGGUAGUCGGUUAUCUCUUAGCUUGCGACUGGCUAGUUCCAACCAACGUGAGCGAAACGGAAGGAUCUCAAGAAAUAGGCAGAGAGGAAGCUGCUCAGCAAGCUGUAGUUGCCGCAGCGGCUCAAGGCCACGAGAGCAUCGUCGAAUAUCUGUUAGACAUGGCCGAAGUGAUCGUCGAUCGUCCUGACACAUUGAUAGGCGAGACUGCUUUAACUAUUGCCGCUGCGAACGGUUCUACCGCCACUGUUUCGGCGUUGUUGGCUCGAGGUGCGAGUCCAACCGCUGUGAAUGCGAAAGGAUUGUCUCCUUUAAUGUUGGCUGCUAGAGAAGGGCACUGGGGUACAGCUGAAAGACUCCUGCAGGGAACGCUAUCGAGCAGCACGGAUACCAUUCUGGACGACGCAGCAUCUCUCCUGGAUCAACGUGAUCCAGUUGGUCGCACCGCGUUAAUGCUGGCUGCCUCGGAAGGCCACACAAAUUUAAUCGAACUAUUCUUGGACAAGGGAUCCGUGUUAGAAAAUAGAGACAAAGAAGGCCUAACUGCUCUCUGCUGGGCCUGCGUAAGGGGAAGAUUAGUUGCUGUACAAAAUCUCAUCGAUCGUGGCGCUGAUGUUAAUACAAAUGAUAACACCGGAAGAACUCCUUUGGAUUUGGCUGCUUUUCAGGGUAAUCCGAAGCUGGUGCAAUUGUUGCUCGAGAAAGGAGCAGCGGUGGAGCACGUCGAUCUCCACGGAAUGCGACCUUUGGACCGAGCGAUCGGGUGUCGAAACAUACCGGUGGUGCAGUGUUUCCUGCGCCGCGGUGCAAAAUUGGGCCCUGCCACUUGGGCAAUGGCGGCUGGAAAGCCUGACGUUCUGCUGAUUUUGUUGAACAAACUACUCGAGGAUGGGAACGUGCUCUAUCGGAAGAACAGGCUGAAAGAGGCGUCGCACAGAUACGCGUACGCUCUUCGAAAGUUCCCAGCGUCACCGGAAGAAGACUGCCAGGGGCAGGAGCAGGGUCACAUGAUGCUGCAACUGCAAACGUUUGCGCAACUCCGGCUGAAUUUCUUGCUCAACCUCAGUCGAUGCAAGCGCAAGAUGAACGAAUGCGCGGAAGCAAUCGAACUCGCCGACGAGGCUCUGAAAGUUCGCCCAGUAUCGUACGAAGCAUUUUACGCGAGGGCAAAGGCACGGGUCGACUCGGAUCUGUUGGAGGACGCGUUGUCGGACGUUCAAGAGGCAUUGCAGAUCGCACCGCCGCAAAAUCGACAGGACCGACGUGUUCUUACCGCUUUGAGAGAAGAGAUAGUCUCCAGAUUAGACGGCACAGGGACCAGCAAAGGAUCGAUCGAUCCUACCAGCAGAUCUCGUCUUCGAGCCUCAGUCGAUACUCUCACAGAACUGUAACUAUUGUUACUGUUUCUGUCGUAGAUGACUAUCGAUUCGUUUAAAACAAAUACUCCUUUUUAUUAGAAGAACGACCAUAGUGUAAACUCAAGUAGCUUUGCACGCGUAUUUAAGUUACGAGUUGAUUUUUCCUUUAGCUAAACUCGCGAUUUUGGAUUUUUAUGCAUUUGUAGGAAAUUUUUAGAUUAAGAAAAGAAAAAAAAAAUAAUUGUACGCAAUGCACGUAACGUGAAAGAAGUAUGUGAAUGUCUCCUAUAAUAUUUUGUCUAUCGAGAUUCUGUUUCUUUAAUUACAUUCUCGAAAGUAAGAAUUUGCAUAAAAAUCCGCAGUCUGAUGAUGACCGCUGUGGUUGCUUCCGAAAUAUUUGGAAGCAACAAGAUAAUUGAAGUAUCUCGAUCUUUUAUCUUUCUUUUGUUUUUAAUUUAACGACUCGUUGCGUACGUUGUACGUACUCGAAGAAAUAUUCCUUCACUUCGCGUUUCCUUGCUUAAUUUUGAAAAUCAACAAGGAUCUAUAAAAUUUUCUACUUUUU